CCAGAAGAAGUCCUGAGCGUAUCAACACGUGUGAAGUGUAACCGAACGCGUCAGGGAGUGACAGAUUAACCCCCCCAAAAAAACACCAGCUGCAAGAAGACCAUUGAGAAAAAGGAGCUACUUCUCAGACUGACAAAAAAGUCCUGCCAGUGCUGCUUAUCAAAUCCGCUCACUAACACCAUCACACCACAAAACGGAAUUAAAAUACCAAAAAAAUGAGAUGGAGACGUCGAGUGUCCGGUGAAGUGAAGAGAACAUCGGGGGACUCAAAGGAAGAAUGGACGGGAGAAAUAGAGCAAUGAUCGCGGCUUUUCUGCUGUGCGUCCUGGCAGAAUUUCCAGCAAAAGGCCACAUUCUGGAUGUGUGUGCCACCUGCCACGCCGACGCCACGUGUGACGACAAGCCAGACGGCCCCGGAAAAGUGUGUAACUGCAAGUACGGCUUUGUAGGAAAUGGGAGAACCUUCUGUCAAGAUAAAGAUGAGUGCCAGAUAGGUGCCAGUAAGAUCUGUGGGCAGCACACCACCUGCCACAACACCUAUGGCAGCUACUACUGUACCUGCUUGGCCGGCUUCAGCCCAUCCAACAACCUGACCGUCUUCAUCCCAAAUGAUGGAACCCACUGCCAGGACGAUGACGAGUGCAGGAUCGCGGGCGUGUGUGGAGAAGGCGCUCGAUGCAGGAACCUCGAGGGCAGUUUUGACUGCAGCUGCCAGCUGGGAUAUCAAGUCCACAACGGACUGGAGCCCUUCAACCCUCACAGCGACAACGCUUCCUGUCGAGUGGUCGACUGCGGCAAGCUGGCCACAGUGGAGGACACGGUGCUGCUGUCAGUCACAGGCACCACUUACAGCAGCGUGGCCACGUUUGUCUGUGAGGACGGCUUUAUCUGGAGGAGCGGCGGCAACAGCUCUGUGUGCGGAGCUGAUGGUGUGUGGAAAGGCCCCAACAUGGUCUGUGAAGAGGUCGACUGCGGCCCUCCCCCUCCCCUCCCUCACUCCCACACCGUGUGGAGCCAGAGCUCCAGAAUGGGCACCGAGGUGGUUUAUCAGUGUAACUCUGGAUUUCAUAAUGUUGGAACGGGCGAUGUGUCCACCUGUACUUCUGCUGGACAGUGGGAGGGACCGUCCAUGCUCUGUCAAGACGAUGACGAGUGCAGGAUCGCGGGCGUGUGUGGAGAAGGCGCUCGAUGCAGGAACCUCGAGGGCAGUUUUGACUGCAGCUGCCAGCUGGGAUAUCAAGUCCACAACGGACUGGAGCCCUUCAACCCUCACAGCGACAACGCUUCCUGUCGAGUGGUCGACUGCGGCAAGCUGGCCACAGUGGAGGACACGGUGCUGCUGUCAGUCACAGGCACCACUUACAGCAGCGUGGCCACGUUUGUCUGUGAGGACGGCUUUAUCUGGAGGAGCGGCGGCAACAGCUCUGUGUGCGGAGCUGAUGGUGUGUGGAAAGGCCCCAACAUGGUCUGUGAAGAGGUCGACUGCGGCCCUCCCCCUCCCCUCCCUCACUCCCACGCCGUGUGGAGCCAGAGCUCCAGAAUGGGCACCGAGGUGGUUUAUCAGUGUAACUCUGGAUUUCAUAAUGUUGGAACGGGCGAUGUGUCCACCUGUACUUCUGCUGGACAGUGGGAGGGACCGUCCAUGCUCUGUCAAGAGAUUGUGUGUGGAAGUCCUCCAAUAAUUGAAUCCACCGAGCAGGUGUGGGACGGACACUCAACCCCUGGCAGCACUGUGCUCUAUGUUUGUAAAGAGGGCUUUUAUUACAAGGACGGACUUAAUAUAUCGAUGUGUAAUGAAAACGGUCAGUGGACCCCGCCAACUCUGACGUGUCAAGACAUAUUGUGUGGGGAUCCACCUGUACUGCCUCACACUGGACACAUAUGGAAUGGCAGCUCCAGCCCUGGAAGCGUAGUGACUUACUACUGUAAAAUAGGGUUUUAUCCCAGUGAUGGAAAUAACAUGUCAUUGUGCUCAAUAAAUGGUUACUGGACAAAAACAAACUUCUCAUGCAAAGGUAAAAAAAAAAGAAAUCCUCCAAAACGUUUGUCAAUGCUGUGGUUGGCGGUGUUGUUCCAUUGCUGUUUUAGACUAAAAAACGACACCUUUUUAAAUAUUGCUAUUUCCAUACUUAUAGAAGUUGACUGCGGUGUGCCCCCACCCAUCCCAAAUUCAGUCCCGCUGUGGGAUGACAUCUCCACAUUGGGCUCUCAGGUUGUUUAUGAGUGUAACUCUGGAUAUCGCCGUGUUGGAAAAGGAAAUAUAUCCGUUUGUACUGCCAGUGGAGAUUGGGACGGAGCCUCUCUGCUCUGUCAAGAAAUAAGCUGUGGCCCGCCACUAACCCUCCCCCAUACUAACCUUCGUUGGGACGGCACCAGUAGGCCGGGAGGUGUGGUGCUGUAUGAGUGCAGGGAUGGAUUUUACCAGAUGAGUGGAAACAAUAUUUCAACAUGUUUACUAUCGGGACAGUGGGAGGAAGUAUCUGUAAAGUGCAAAGCUAAAUGUGGCCCGGCUCCCUUCCCUCCCAAAUCAGAGGUGAUGUGGCAUAACAGAAGCAUUGUGAUCCACCGCUGUGUGGACGGGUACCACAGCUGGAGGGGCAGCCACAUCUCUGUGUGCGGCAGCUCUGGGGUGUGGCAGACAGCUACGCUGAGAUGCAGAGAAAUAAAGCCACCUGUCAAUCACCUAUCUGUCCUCAAUGAAAAAUGUCUGCGUUGGAGAGCAGCGAAGUAUGAGGAGGACAAAGAAGUGUACCAGGUGACAUACGAAGGAUCCAGAGAGUACCAGAGGUCCUUUCAUGACAGAGGGAAGCAGCGUCUGAGCUCUACGGCCGACCAGCUGGAGCUCUGUCUGAACCUGCUCCCAGUCACAAACUACAGCAUCUCCAUCACUGCGCUGUCCUCCAGAUUCACUGCCACCAUCUCCACUAACACCAGUUUAACAGUGCCUCCAGCACCAGUGGUCUACUACAGUGAGUUUGAGACCCCCGUACCGACUUUGAGGCUACGCAGAUCACCCGACACACUGGAUCCAAUCAGUCUGUACCAGGUGUUUGUGCUUCCUGUGGAGGGGAUUGUGAUGUUCGACUGUUCCUCUCCUGCGAGCUCAGACAUCUCGAGAAAAAUAAAGUCCUCAGCAGAGUACAUCACGGCCCAGAUUGAUGUGGGACAUCUCGGGAGAGAGAUGAACUUUACCGUAGGAGACGGACUCUACUAUGGAGGCUUCUUUAAUGCACCACUGCAAAAUGGCAGAAACUAUUAUGUCAUCGUCCGGGCUGUCAGUCAAUGGAAAUCGGCUUUAAAAAGUGUGUGUGUCCUGUGGGCCAAAGUAAGAGGUACAUCAUACGUUCUGAGGGUCUCAUCUCUAUCUGCUGCUGCAUCAGUAGGACUGGUUGCCGUGGUCAUUUUGGGUGGAUACUGUUUCACAUGGUGUGAAAGAUGGUUUUUCAAGAGGACGCGACACUCAUAAACUCAACCGUCAGUGUGACGAAUAAAUGGGGUCUUAACUUCCCAUCUGUGCAUUUUAUUUUGUAGAUUUUGCAAAUAAUGAUAAUACUAUAACUUUUCUUUUCAUUUCAUGAAUGGUUCAAUGGUUAUUUGGUUGCCAAUAUUUAUUUGAAAGCAGGCGAUCCACUUUGUAGAGCAGAACCUUUGUGACUUUACUGUUCGACAAACCUUCUGACACAGUCACAAGAUCAGAGUCUACAAUAUGUCACAUCUUGACCGAGUACAGAAGAAAAUAAUACAUUUUGAUACAAACACAUACUUAUAUCUAUAUAAGAGUCCAACGUUUCCUACUCCACUAUCAUCUACAAAUAUGUAAAGGAAUAAAAAUGACAAUAGCUAUGCA